UUAGAACCGAGGGGCGGGACCUGGCCGUCCGGUUUAAAGUGUGUCUGAAGCUUCACUUGAUGUCUAGUCUCUCUGUUGGGGUGCACGCAGAUUGACCACUCCUUUGGAGCUUUUUUUUCCUUGGAUAUCUAGGGGGGGAAAGCUAAUCCACAAUCAUGACUGAUGCGCAGCAAGAGGCCCGCUCCUACCUGAGCGAAGAAAUGUUGGCUGAGUUCAAGGCCGCCUUCGACAUGUUUGACACCGACGGUGGCGGUGACAUCAGCACCAAGGAGUUGGGUACUGUGAUGAGGAUGUUGGGACAAAACCCAACAAGAGAGGAGCUGGAUGAGAUCAUCGAGGAGGUGGAUGAGGACGGCAGCGGUACUAUCGACUUCGAGGAGUUCUUGGUCAUGAUGGUGAGACUGCUCAAGGAGGACCAGGCCGGCAAGAGCGAGGAAGAGUUGGCGGAGUGCUUCCGUGUUUUCGACAAGAACGCCGAUGGCUACAUCGACAGAGAUGAGUUCUCCCUGAUCAUCCGCAGCACCGGCGAGCCCAUCACAGAGGAAGAGAUUGAUGAGCUGAUGAAAGAUGGGGACAAAAACUCUGACGGCAUGCUGGACUUUGACGAAUUCCUCAAGAUGAUGGAGAAUGUGCAGUAAAAGCAGACAUACUCAUGGACAUUCCUCCUCACCCCUGUGAAUCCCGCCCUCUAUGCAGUCAGAUUUCAUCUGACCCCCUUAUGAUCAAUUCACUUCCCAUCCUCAGUCACCCUAAACAGAAAGAUUUUGCACCAUGAAGAGAAGAGGGGGCAGGUCUUUCGUAGUUGGACAAGCUACACUCUUUAUGCAUCAUGGAUGCUGCUAAAGGAAAACCGCGGAUGAUCCCAUUCACAGACCCCUGGUCGGGAUGACCCCCCUGCCCCACCGCCUCUUCUUCAAGCUCUACUCUCGAUAGAACAGCAACCGAUUACUUAGACCAAUUCAUUUGGUUACGUGCUUGAGUGGCAACAAGAAUAAAUGAACUAACAACUCACUUGUAGUCUGUCAUAUUAACAGUCUGUAAAAUGUUGUUUGGGGAAGAACAAUAAAAUGUUGUUUCUUC